GCCAGCGCGCGGUGGGAGAGAGAGACUUCGUUCUAGAGCUCCCGUGAGGACGAUGGAGCGGGGCAGUUCCUGGCGGCUCACGGUGGUCGCCGGCACCCUUGUCUGCGCGUCCCUCUUCUCGCCGCCCGCCGCCGCGCUCAAUGUCGGCGUCCAGUCCGCCGGCGACGACGCGAGCAAGCAGCAGGCGUGCAGCCGCACGUGCGAGUCGGACCACUGCACGACGCCGCCGUUCCUGCGGUACGGCAAGUACUGCGGCAUCAUGUACAGCGGCUGCCCCGGCGAGCCGCCGUGCGACGCGCUGGACGCCUGCUGCAUGCACCACGACAACUGCGUCCAGGCAAAGAUGGACUACCUGAGCACGGCCUGCAACGAGGCGCUGCUGGACUGCCUGGCCAAGCUGCGGGAGGGCACGUCCACGUUCGAGGGGAACAGGUGCAUGAUCGACCAGGUCAUCGACGUGAUCUCGCUCGUCAUAGAGGCCGCCGUCGUCGCCGGCAGGGUGCUGCACAAGCCCUAGCCGCACGCGCCGGGGCGCCGGGCGUGGUGGGCGCGCAGGGACAUGUGUAGCACAGCAGCCUGCGCCCUGCGGUUGGUGGGUGGCACACAUCUUUUUCGUGCUUGGGCAGGGUGGCGGCGUCCUGGACGGGGGCCCGGGCGGCGUCGGCUCACAUGGCAGCUCGUGUCGUUGUGUGCCUACUAGCUGGCUAGCUCCCAGUCCCUCAGCCCGGCGGCCUAAACCGACGACAAGAUAUAUGGAGAUCACUCCUUAAAGAAAGCUUCUUUGGUUUUAAGCAACUCGUGUCCCUAUCACACUGUAUUACCGUACAAGUAUAAAGAAAGUUUCCUCUUGCU